UUAUAAAGUAUAUAUAUUUGUAAAUAACCAGCAUUAUUUCAUCAUGACCCGGAACAAAACUAAAACAGGUUACUUUAAGCGUCGUACACCGUCAAUGUUGCGGGAACCAGGAAGCGAAGAGGGCGGACCCAAACUUUUGAGUAUAAUUUGUGACUCUUUUUGAACUGAUUUAAAUUGUUUUGAUAUUUAUAAUUCUAUACAAACAUGAGCGCCGAACGAAUGCAUCAUAUUUCUAAAGAACAAUUUGUAAAAAUCCGAGUUAAAUUUGUAAAAUCCAUGGACGAUAUCGAUUCCUUUCUCGACGAAGCUUUGGCAAAUGGUUUAUUGGCCGAUGGACAUAAACAGGGAAUAGGAGCCCUGAAAAAUGUUUACGAUCAAGCACGGCAGUUGCAUGAUUAUAUAUUAAGGAAACUACCGGAUGGGUCCGAGAAAUUUGUGUCGGCCUUGAAAAAGUCAAAUCAUGAUCAAAUACUUGAGUUAUUAGACGAUCCAGAAGUCUACCCGAUGAAGUUUAAGCCACACGGGCGUGUUGUAAUAAUAAAUAAUAUAGAGUUUGACGAUGAGAAGAAAUACGAAAAAAGGACUGGAAGCGAAAAGGAUGUGGUGGGUAUUGAAAAACUUUUCAAGGAGUUCAGUUUUAAUGUUCUAACUUAUUCCAAUAAAAAAGCGAAAGAAAUGAAAGAUAUAAUUACAAAAGAAGCUGAAAAAAGUACAGCCAGUGAAGACUGUUUCGUUAUGUUCUUGAUGUCCCAUGGGGCCAUAGGGAACAUUAUUGGAAUUGAUGGUGAUGAAUUAUCUUAUUCCACUAUUAACGACGCUCUAAAGGAGAGUUCUCAGCUGAAAGACAAACCAAAGCUCAUUUAUAUAAACACUUGUCAAGUUAGUUCUGAUAAGAAAAAUGAAUAUUUCAACGUUGCAGAUCUGUAUGUUGCUUUUGCCACUGUCCCCGAACACUUGGCUUUCCGAACUAAGGAAAGUGGUUCUGUUUUCAUCGAAAGUUUAAUCAGUGUUUAUGAAAAGAACAAAGAAAAGUGUGACGUCAACUCACUAUCCCCUAAAAUACAUGCUCAAAUUCCCAAGGAAUCUGGUCAGAUUUCAAGUAGUUACAACACUUUGAAGAAAAAGGUGAUACUUCGAGCCACAAUUUAACCAAAUCCUAUCCUUAUUUUCUCUUCUUGCUCCCUACAAACAUGAAGAACUUAAACAACAAUGGUAUGUACGUUAUAUGUUUCCAAACCUGCCCCCCGUCCACUAUAUUCUAUGCUGAUUUGGGAUUUCACAAACUAAAUUCUUACCCUGCGUCUUCAAACAAAGUAUUUCUCACUUCGACACAAAGCCAGCAAUUUUAAGAGAGGUGCUUGUUAGACCCUGUUCUCUGCAGAACUUUAUUUUAUUUUAUUGAGCUGAUAUGCAUGACUCGAACCAAGUUCACUCAAUUUUCCACCUGUUUUUAACCCAUAAAGCGCUGGAAUUUGCAUGUCCA